GCUGUAACAGCUGUUUCGAUGUUGCCUGCCGGGAAUCUUCGUGGCCGACGACCCAGCGUCGUGGAAAUUUUUGAGAAGAUAAAGGCUCUCGAAAAUCGUGUAGACGAGUCUACUCCCGAAGAAGUAGAAGUUCUUGAAGUGCAGAGCUCCGUACUUACAAGCACCACCUCUACUUCGGGCGAAGAGGCCAAUGCUCCGAAAGAAGAAUUCUUGUCCAUCGCUCCAGCCAAUGUGGAAGCAGAUGGCACAAAGAUGAUCAGGACGGGUAGUACUUCACCUGAGGAUUCUGAAGCUGAGAUCUUAAAAACAGACACAACAACCAGCACGGAAAAUAAGCACACUACCGCUGUUUCACCUCCGGAAGUGAUUCACAUCCACACGACGCUCACGCUGGAAGAAAGCGAGAAGCUCCGCGAAAAGCGUAAAGCCCUAACCGCCAACGCGGAGAAGAAGCUGGCACAGCUUGCGGAGUUGCUCCCCGGCGCCCACGAGAUUGAUUUGCGGCGCGAAGUGUUUCUGAAACCGCUGCAGCAGGAGAACCUACCCGAUGGGCUCGCGGACCACUGCUCGCACACUUUGCUGGGCGUCGCAAGCCUAUACCAGAAACUGGCCCUGGAUCCGCGGAACCGGGCGAAGCUCUACCAGCAAGAGGACCGCGUCGUCGAGAGUGGGGACUUAACAACAGCAACCAUCUCUCCGGGCUCUGAAAGAAUGCUGACGUUUCUGAUGCAGGUUUUCUAUGCCUCGCAAGAUCUGAAAUGCGUGGGGCAGCUGCAUCACAGAUUCUGGCGAGGCUUUGUAAGAUGCCAAUCUUGAUGCAUGAGAUACCCACACACUGCGUCACAAAUGCUGAGAGAGUGUUUCUACUCAUGCGUCCCAAAUCUUUUGUGAACUAAAGCAGAGAGUCCUCUGAGUCGCAAGUUUGCAUUCUUUUGGAAAAUAAACCCAGGCAGUGUUGCAAUUCAUAGGACUACCAAUACAUGAAAAGUGAUAACAGUUCCGACUCAUCGAGCGAAGAAUCCAGCGCUGCUGAGGAGGAGCAAGGUCUGCGGAAAAUUUUCAAGAUGCGAAGGGAGGAUAUGAACUGCAAAAAUGUCUGGGUCUGGAAAGUUGGAACUUGUGAUGCUACCUGUGGACUCUACAUGAAAUCUGUAUUGCAUGAACAGCAUAAGAGGUGCAAUUUGUGCUACGCGGAGAGGGCAUUUCUCAUGCGGUAUGAGCAUCAGAGAGCCCUCGCAGAUUCUCUGAUGCUAGGGCAUGCAUCACAAACCUCAUGGGUCAUGGAAAAUCUGCAUGACAAUCUUCUGUAUUCUUCCAGACCCAGACAUUUUUGCAGUGAAUAGAGGAGCAGGAAAGACAAGAGAGCGAGCGAACAAUUACAUCUUCGAAUAGCAUGAUUCCCGCUCCUUUGGAAUUUAGUCCUAGCACGGCCGCCAUCACGACGCCCUUCUAUCUGCUGGGAAAAGAUAAAAGUACAAGAACUUCAGGAGCAGGCGAUCUGAAGAAUAAGCAUAUUCCCGACUUGCUGAACACUACGAAGAACAUUUUCGAACAGGCGGAAGAGCAGCUUCUGGAGGAACAAGAAGGGCAGGACACGAACAACAAAAGAAAUAAACCCGUGAAUAACCCUUUCGCGAGAUUCUUCCGCUCCGGGCGGGAUUUGAAGCGGAAUGUGUUUCUCUUGGAGAAGCACCGGCAGUGGGUGGAGCAAAUCGGCAGCAUUGCCCAGGAGCGGCUCCAUGAGAGUUUUUUUCGGGGAAAUACAAGUACUAGCAAGAAGAAAGAAAAUUCCGCCAAUACUGCUCUCCUGAAUCGAAAGAAAAAAACCGACCCCGGCUGUGGCGUUUCCCGUUUGGUUUUACUCCACGACAGGCUUCCAGCGCACCUUCGGGGCCUCUUUGACGACGACAAUUCACCCUCCGCAGGAGACCGCAAGAGAGAUCGGACAACGCCAGCUCUGGUCGUUGAGAACGUGAGGGAGAUGAGAAAGCUGCAAGAGUACGAAGCGAGGCUGAACCGGAGCUCGUUUCUGCCCCUCGGCGCGUUUGCAGAUCAUGGCUUCAAUAUUGAGGGUGACAAGAAUCAUGCCGCGAUGGCGGGGGGGAAUGCGAAUGCGAAUGCCAACGGCAACAAAAACCGGAAGAGCAAGGACGGGAAAAUGAUCUUAAAUGGAUUUAGUACGAACACCCUGUGCGACGUGCUCGCACCACCACCCUCGGCUCAGUUUUUCCGCCACGAAAACCUCCCGGACGAGGUUUUGCAAGGGUUGCUGGGGCGGGGAGGCUCUCUACGUUCGUCAUCGAAGAAGAAGAAGAGCAGGACUAAAAAUGCUGACUCAAGACACAAAGCGCGAGGACCCAACGGAUCUUCUGCCCAGUACCACCAGAAAUUGGUCGAGCUGAUGCACAAGUUCGCGUACAACAAAAACGUGGCCAUGGUUCGCACCUGUCCGGAUUUUGAGGGCCUGCUGUUCUUGGUAGAGGCCGGCUUCGCUCCGACGGUUUACCGCAGCAUCUGGAUGCAGUCCGACGACCGACUGAAAAAGAAAGACCUGCGAGAAAAGCGGUGGCGGCGCGAGGAGAAGGAACUACGGGAAAAAAACGGCGGAGAAGCUGCUGGGCCCAAGAACUCAUCCCUUUUCAAGCGAAGUUGUCGGCCUCCGAUCGACGACGGCAUUCUCGCGACCACACGGACAGGCGAGAUCAUCUACGCCCCCGGGUACGUGGCGCAGCAGGCGAGUAAGCACAAGCGACUCUUCGAUGUGUGGAAAGACAAGGAAAACUACUACCGCCCGGCCAAGGAACUUGUGGACGACGUCGAAGUUGAGGUGCAAAAGAAAUCCAAACUUGUGCAGCUGUCAACUACCUUGUCGGUGUUGAAGAAGAUGAAUCAACAAGGGCAGCAAGAAUCUACGAAGUUGAGUGAUGUUGAAAGCAAAAACUACCCGGACAGCAGCUGCACUUCCCUUGUUACCCUGGCUCAGGUUGCACAUGCACCACCGUUCAUUCCCCUGGCCGCACGAGAAGGUCCGUCGGCUGCUGCGGAGAAGGAUGCAGUUCUUGCGCAAGAAGAAGCUGAGGUAGAGACGAUAGUGCAAGAACAUACCGGGACCACGACUGAUGUCGAUGUUCCUGCGGCGCAAGACGGUGUUGUGCCCCGAGUCUCUACUUCAUCAUCCAGCCAGGCUGAGAAGAAGCUCGCAAUAGACGAGCAAAACGCGACCGAAGGUGUAGGACUCCGACCGAGCAGCAACGAAAUACUGACGCAAAAAGUACUUUCAUCCGAUCAAGAACUCGACAAAGACAAAGAUGAAGGUGCGGCAGGAGCAGGCUGCUCGCCACUUCCUAAUCUUUCCGCACAAAGUAGCGCCCGUAGCAGAAGCAGUUCCGACGAUGAUUCACGGGCGGGAGUAACUGCUGAAAAAGAUCAUGAGUCCGAAUCUUCAGAAAGAACAAUGCCGACAAUAAUUUCGAAUUAUACAGAUUUAGCUGCUCCCAGCGAAAUUACAACCAUCUCCACGACGAAAACCGCCAUGACUUCACAGGCGAGCUUGCCCGGCUAUGCCACACCACCACAAGAACGGGGGCAGGUGCCGCUGCUAUCUGCAGAGACCACGUCCGAAUUGCUCGAGAAGAACGAAAGAACGCAUGCUGAAGUGGUCGCGCAACAGACCACAACAGAGCAAUUGACAGUGCAGAUGAGCCCUCGACUUACCACUCCCCUUCUCGAAAAAAAUGCAACGUCGGCCUCCAGCACUGCCCACGUAGUAGAAGCUUAUCGGGACGUCGAAGAUCAUGAUCAUCCGUGCUCCGGCGAACAAGCGACGCGUCGGUUUAUUUCCAAGCAACAGGAGGAGCCUCAGACUGCGCGGAAAACGAAAAGUACCGCAGCUCCACCCCUGGCCACAAGUUGUUACACAACUAGCGCGGCAAGCAGGACAGAUGAUUUUGCUGAUGGCGGAAGAGAAGUUGUCUCGGGUCGCAACGGUGGAGGUGGUCUAAACGAAAAUUAUAACGCUUGUAAUUCCCGGCUUCAGAUGUUUUUGGCGCAGACCUUUCAGAUCGAAGACAAAGAUGGGGAGCUGCAUGAGAUCGACCGGUCGCUGACGACACAGAUGAGCGCCCGGCUUGACAGACAUGCACAGGAAAUGUUGAACAAGGUUUUGAAGAACCGUGAGGAGCGCGGCCGGGUGAUUUGGGACAACAAGUCAUCUCCCGGGUACAACCACCGGGAGUCGAUGCUCGCCCGCUUGAAGUUGGGUAUGAUCCAAAAGCUUGAGGCGGCCUUCGCCCGCGUGAAGGAGAACGAAUUUGACUCCGUUUCGCCCACCAACGUGCUCCUGCCGCCGCUCGAGCCUCCGGCGCGCGUGCCAUGCGAGCUGCACGAGCUUUACCACAUUCCGGAAGAAUUACUCCCGAUCAGAUGCUUUUGGUUGUAA